AUGUCCGCCAAUGACCGCCAUACGAGCUACGUGAGCGCUCCGCGACCCCGCGCUGUCUCCAAUCGCGUCGGUGCCGAUAGGCCUGGUCGCGGCGGCGCGUCGCCGCAACCGCAAGAAGGCAUGGAUUCUUUGCGCACGAGCACUACGAGCCCAAAUCAACGAUCGUCGCGGGAGCUGAAGCAGGCCGGAAAUCGGCGAGUCGAGCGGAGUUCGACAUCAACACGGGAGAAGACUGCGCGCAGAGAUCCGAUCAAAGAGGCACCGGGUGUUGCGAGUCGGGGAGGAUGGGAGAAGGCAAAGCUUCACAAGGCGAGGCCUGCCGAAGGGCUGACCAAUUCGUUUGAAAGAAAAGAGACACAGGACCCAGCUGGCUCAUCAUGGAAUCCUCGUGCGUCUUUAAUUCCGCACUCAACCGCUCCUCUCGCCUGUCGUGUCUCGGCCCCCCCUCUAGCAUCGACUGCACCCCCGUCACUACGACCUCCUCCCUUCCAGACCUUAUCACCGCAUGACCAAGAAGCCGCUCUUCUGGACGAUCUUCUUUUUGUCUUCAUGGGCUAUGAGGGCCAAUAUAUUCAGUAUCAUGGCUCGUAUGACCCAUCUGCAGAGAAGGACCGUCUGACGGGACCCGUGUUCCAGAUCGCAGGAGGGUUGGAUCCCACGCUGCGCGAUCUCACCCAGUCCAUGUUGAAGAUGGCCACAAAUUUUAGUGCAUUGGAAGCGUUCGUGGAGAUUCAAAGCCGAGCCGAGUUUGGUGCUGUAUGCCAUGCACUCUGUGCGUCCAUUCGCAAAAUUCUAAAGGACUAUUUGAUCCUGAUUGCCCAAUUGGAGGGCCAACUUCUGAAUAAUCCGACAUUUACACUGCAUCAACUUCAUCUUCAUACCAUGCCAACGAGCCAAUAUUUUGCGCAAUUGUACUCUAUCGGACAGGAGCUGCUUCGACGAAAUGGAUUGUUGGAUUCAGAUGAGCUUGACGAGACUAUCGAUGACUUUGACGACGUGGACAAUAUUCUGGAGCAACUGAAAGAAGGAGGCGACCUCGUACCAGGAUCAACCAGGAAGGUGUGCAAGGGUGGCAAUGUGCUGAGGCUUCUGACUGAGCGACUGGCCUCCUUCUCGGGCGAUCCGACAACCAAGAACCUCAUUCAGACAUUACUCCGCGAUGCGAGCCGACCAUACAUGAACAUGUUGAAUGAGUGGCUCCAUCACGGCGGCAUCAAAGACCCACAUGCGGAGUUCCUUGUCAAGGAACAGAAGUGGAUCCGAAGAGAGAAACUCGAGGAGGACUAUACGGAUGAGUACUGGGAGAAGCGGUACACGAUCCGUGACGAGGAAGUACCACCCCAACUUGAAGGUGUCAAGGACAGGGUUCUCUUGGCUGGCAAAUAUUUGAACGUGGUGCGCGAAUGCGGUGGCGUAGACGUCAGCAAGGCUGUGCAGGAUGUUCCUAAAACGCUCGAUGAUCCUCGGUUUUUGGAAAAUGUGAAUGCAGCCUACACUCACGCCAAUGCCUCUUUGUUGAACCUGCUGCUGACGAAGAAUUCGUUGACCACCCGGUUCCGCUCCCUCAAACAUUACUUUUUCCUCGAUCGUUCCGACUUUUUCUCGUACUUCCUCGAACUCGGCGCUUCGGAAUUGCGCAAGCCCGUGAAUGUUGUCAACGAGAGCAAGCUUCAGUCCUUGUUGGAUCUGGUCUUACGCCAGCCGGGAAGUAUAGCUGCGCAGGAUCCCUUCAAGGAAGACGUCAAAGUCCGCAUGAACAAAGUCGAUCUGACCAAGUGGUUGAUGCAAGUCGUCAGUGUCUCUGGGAUUGACCAGGAUCACCCAGAGGCCGCCUUCGAAAAACAACAAGCGGCCUCUGCCCAUGCUUCCGAUGAUGACAACAGUAUCACGGGGUUCAGCGGCCUGGAGCUGGACUAUUCCGUUCCGUUUCCGCUUUCUCUGGUGAUCAGCCGGAAAACGGUCCUGCGUUAUCAAUUAAUUUUCCGUCACUUACUUUCCCUGCGACAUGUGGAAACGUUACUGGUGACGUCCUGGGCCGAUCAGAACAAAGUUGCUAGCUGGCGACACCGUUCCAGCGACCGACGUCUGGAGCUGUGGAAGCGACGAGCAUGGAACCUGCGAGCCAAAAUGCUGAUCUUUGUCCAACAUCUAUUGUACUUUUGUACUGCCGAGGUGAUCGAGCCGAAUUGGGUGGCUUUGAUGGAUCGAGUCAGUGGAGCUGACGCCGAUGGCUCCGAAGUGACUGUGAACGGGUCCAAGCAGGUGAAUCGAACAGUCGAUGAGUUGAUGCAAGAUCAUGUGGACUUUUUGGACACAUGCUUGAAGGAGUGCAUGCUCACACAGGCGAAACUGCUGAAGAUUCAUUCCAAGCUCAUGACCUGCUGUACCAUGUUCGGGCAAUGGACCGCCUCUUCCCUCGCCCGUGCUUUAGUCUCGGCAGAUCCUGACUUGGCCGGUGACAAAACGGGAGCGUCUGAUGCUCGCCCUUAUGAUCCAUCCCGCAUUGUGAAGCUGGAAGAGACGCUCAAGCGUUACGAAGACCACUUCAACCGCCAUCUGCGCAUUCUUAUGGACAGUCUAAACUACUUUGCUGCCACUGAGAGUGUGGUGCUCCUCAAACUGGCCCAUUCGCUCAGCUCAAUUAGCAAAGAAGAUUGA